AUGGCUAGUAGGAUCUCUCGCUCUUUCCGCCUUGAAAAGGCCCUCCGAUACCUCCUGAAGACUCAGGAAACACAGCCUUCACCUUGUUCAUGUACGCACCACCACAACCAUCAUAAUCCUAAUUGGGUUCUCGAAUCGGAUACCUGGUCCCAGCUCCAGGCCUUUCAUCGGAUAUUGUGUCAAAGACCGGCAGUUCCCAAUCUACCAUCCGAGACGCUAGAGGACAUCGACGCGGUCAUCGCGUACCGAAACAGCCACAACUUGCUGACAUCCACGAAAUCAAUCUCACCGAGCGUGACUAUCCAGAGCCAAAAGUCACAGUCUAGUCCGAUAAAUCUGUCCUGCUGGAAGGGCGACAUUACGACCUUAUCUGAUGUGACAGCGAUCGUGAACGCUGCCAACGCCCAACUUCUGGGCUGCUUUCGCCCCGAACAUCGCUGCAUUGACAAUGUGAUCCAUUCGGCUGCUGGACCUCGACUCAGAGAGGCAUGCCAUUCUAUUAUGUCGGCCCAAGGCCACCCUGAACCAACAGGCUCGGCGAAAGUCACCCCCGGUUUCCUUCUUCCCGCGCAGUGGGUCUUGCACACCGUCGGGCCGCAGUUGAAUCCAGCACAGAAACCCCAGUCACACCACAGAACCCAACUUGCGUCAUGCUACCGAUCUUGUCUAGACGCCACAGAGCUUCUUCCUCCGCUCAAAGAUGGCCGUAAGGUCGUUGUUUUCUGCUGUAUAUCGACCGGCGUGUUCGCAUUCCCAUCGGACGUGGCAGCUCAGAUUGCUGUCGAUACAGUGGUAGAAUGGUGCAAUGAGCACCCAGACACCAGUAUCACUGACAUUAUCUUCGACACUUUCCUCCAAAGUGACUGGGAACUGUACCAAGAGACCCUUCUUCAGCUUCAGAAAUCGACACCCUCAGACACGAGCCUCUCUUUCACACCUACCCUUCAAUCCCCACCAGUCUUACCGACCCAAUCGCCCACUCUCCAAAAGGCACACCUCUGGCUCGAACAAGCCGAUAACCUCAUCAUCUCUGCAGGCGCAGGCCUCUCUGCCGCAACAGGUCUAGACUACACAUCAACCGCUCUCUUCGCAAAGCGAUUCCCCGCUUUCCGCGCCAAGGGCCUGCAAAGGCUGUACGACGUCUUCGGAUUCAACGGGUGGGACAGUGAAGCCCAGAAAUGGGGCUACUACUUCCUGCACCUCGACAUGGCACGAAAAUGGCCCGUGUCUCCGAUCUAUAGCGGCCUGCUCAACCUCGUGUCCCGCUUUGAUGACAGGUACUUCGUGCGCACCACAAAUGCGGAUGGGUUCUUCGUGAAGAACGGGUUCUCCGCGGACCGCGUGGCGACACCACAGGGACAAUAUCGAUACUUGCAGUGUUUACAGAAGUGCCGGCCAGACGCGGUGGUUUUGUCUGAUCCUCUUGUUGAUGCGGCGAUGCCGUUUAUCGAUCCUGUUUCGCAGGUGUUAAUGGACAAGACGAAGAUUCCGCAGUGUGGAUCUUGUGGUGGAGAGAUGACACUUUGUGUGCGUGGAGGGAGCUAUUUCAAUAGUCUUCCUUUUAGGGAGCAGGAGAGGAAGUGGGAGUCGUAUGUGAGAGGACUAGAAAUGGAAGGCGUUCGAAAGCAGAGUGGUGAUGCCGGAGAAGGCAGUUCACGUGGGAAAACGGUCAUCUUGGAGCUGGGAGUUGGUUUGAAUACGGCAGGUGUGCUGCGGUGGCCGAAUGAAGAUCUGGUGUCUGGGUCUCCAAGUCAAGAGUUCCGCUUGAUUCGGAUCGGCAUGGAUGCUUCUGGCUGUGUUCCUUGGGAGAUGGAAGAGCAGGAUCUCGCUGUUGCGAUAUCGGCGGAUAUCAGGGUGGCUCUGAACCAGCUGUUAUCUUAA